AUUCAUAACGUUGUGUUACGCUAGUAAAGAGCAACGUAAAACGCGUUAAAGUUUUUGAAAACCACAAAAACCAAAACAAUUUUUGCGAAAUUAAAACGAAAGAAACAAAAAUUAUAUAUCAAACUACAAGAAAUAUACUAAUAAAAAAUGAAGAUUAAAAUAUUGUGUUUAAAAAGUGUUUUAAUUAGAAAACAAGAAAAAUAAAAAACAACAAAAUUUUAAACCCUAAUUAAAAAUAAAAUUUUAAUGUUGUAGUUGUUGUGGCUUGCCAAAAUAUAAUUGUGUUCUUUAAUAUUGUUUGAGUUGCUUCGUUUUGUAUGCAGUGGCUAAAUAACGGUCUUAAACUUAACAAAACUAAAUAAAAGCUAAAAAAGGAUAAAAAAGAAACAACAACAACAGCUAAUUACACAAGCGUCUUAAAUUACUUAAGAAAGAGGGAAAAUAUCCUUAUACUCUAAAAUUCACAAAAUGAGUUAAAACUUUAGUGCUACAACGACUAUAAGAAUUUCAUGUUUAUUAAAUAUCAAAAAGUUUGCUAACCCAAUUUAAAGCAUACUUUUAGGGUGUUACUAGCUUCUCAUGUACGUAAUGUUGGCAAGAAGAGAAAUUUUGCAAAAUUAAUUAAAUAAUUUAAUGGGUCAUCAUACUAAACUAUACAGUGUGAAAGAAAUUAAAAACUAGUAAAUUUAGUUUUUAAUAAUUUGUAAUAUAAGUUAAGGUGUCUUAAAAUAGCAGAGCAUAUUUAUAGAAAACUGCACUAAACUAUAUUAAAAACAAUUUUAAAAAUUAACAAAAUAUAAUAAAAUAAUACAAAAAAACCUUACCACAAAGUAACUAUAAUUGACAAUUAAAAGAAUUACAAUAUGCUCAAUAUUUUCACAACAAUUGGCAUUGUUUGAGGCCACAAAAAAUAUUUGUAAAUAUAAACAUUUUCCAUAUACCACCAGGACAUUUUGCAGUUUAAAACCGUAUAUUUAAAAAAUAAAAACAAUUUGUAAAAACCAAAAAUUUUAAUCAACUCUUAAACAAGCAUACCUUAAGGCGUUGUAAUAAUACAAACUAUAAAGUAACUAUGAAAUACUACUAAAUAACUAUAUACCUAUUUAUACAAGAGAAUGAAAAAAUUGCUGUAGAAAGAACACAAAUUCGAAGUGUUCUUAGCAUGUCUAAAGGAUUGUUAGCAAAAUUAAUAAAGUUGUUAUAAACAAAUUAAAGUGGAAAUUGUUUAUAUAAAAUUGUGAAAAAUGUCAUAAACAAUUAUGUUGAAAAAGUAAAUUUAUAGCGAAAAAAAUAAUUAAGAAUAUACACAUAAUAUACUUCUAAAGAAAUUCAAAAAUAUAAAAUAAAAAUCUUCAAAAACUAUUUAGCAACCUUAAGCUACAAUUAUAAAUUCAUUAAUUGAUCGCAAAGGAAUAAAAUAAAGCAUACAAAUAAGAUUUUAAUAAUGGUGGAAUUUUCUAAUGCAAUAUACAUUUAAAACACAAUAUAUAAAUCUAUAUUAAAUAAAAUAAGAAAAAAAAUCAUAAAUGUUUUAAACUAAUUGAAACCCUAUCAUUUUAAUAAAAAAUUAUAAUUAAAUAUCAAUAAUUUACUUUCAAAGAUCUAUUAUAUGAUCUUCAAAUUAAGUACUAUUGAAUAUAUUGGAAAUUAAGUAAAAAUAAGCAAUUAAAUACAACUUGCAUAUAAAACUUGAACAUUCACAGCCUCGAGGAUUUGCAAAUAAACUUAUAUGAAAUUUAAAUUAAAAUCAUUGACAAAAUUAAUUUUACAAAAUCCUUAAAAGUACUUACCUAAAUAUUAUACAUCAAAUUCUAUAAAUAUAACUAAAGCAUAACCACAGGCUAAAUUUAAAAUAUAAAAUUUUAAGCAACAAUUAAGGUGUUAAAUAAAUUAAAAAAAAAAUAAUUUAAAAAUAAGUUCUAAAUUAAAAAAAGAAUAUAUAGUGCAAUAUAAUAAAAUAAUUUUAUAUCACAUAAUAAAAUCUUCUACGCAAAUAUAUACAUAGAUAGAUACAUACAUUCAACAGAGAAUCAACGUACAAAUUCAACAUACAUACAGCACAGGAAUAUUAACAUCAAAAUACUUUACACAGGUUGAUAAACAACGAAAACUUUUUGCUGCAUAAAUUGUCCUCGUAAAACUAAAUUAAUUAAAACUCACGAAAAAGACAAAUAAUAACAACAAAAAAUGGCUAAAAUGAAAAGUGAACAAAUUCUAUAAAAGUUUUUUAUAUUUUGAAUGGAAAUAAAGUAAAAAUUACAAAAAAAAAAUAUAUAAUAUAUUCAAUAGCUACAAUAGAGUUUAUUGAAAAAAAAUGUAAAAUAAAUUAAACAUCUAUUGACCAAAUUGUGUAAAACAAAACCAUUCAAAGGGAAUUAUUUAUAUAAGAAAAAAGACAGAGGUCAUCUUUAUAAAAAAAAUUACUGGUGAUAAAAACAUUAAAACGGAAAAAAACUAUGACGGGUGAUAAACAAAAUGAAAAUUUUAUAACACAACAGCAAACGAAGGAAAAUAAUAUAAUUAAUUCAAAAAAUAUUGCCAACACUAUCAUUAGUCAUAACAGCAACAGAAAAACGAAUAAAUUUGAUAAGGCAAUAACUUUACAAAACGCCCGACUGAUGAUGUUAGAUUUUUCAACAUUAAACGCUGAAGCACAGCCAAGAAAUAGAACAAAAACUAAUUUCAGAAAGCAAACAAUGAUUAGUAAAGUUUCGAAACAGAAAAUACCCACAAUGGCUCAGCAGGCACUGAAACAGACACACAUGACCUUAAAGGAAUACUUUGAAUUUUCAAAUGCUGCGAACACACAAACAACCACAAAAAAUAAGACAACAGUAAGUAAAACAAUAAACAAAAACAUGUAUGCCAAACAAAGAGAACAGAAUAUAGAUCAGAAAAGCUCAACGAUAAAUUCUGGCAAACAACAAUAUCAACUCAAACUACGGUCAACAAUUGCCAGCGCUACUGACCCAGCAGAAAUCAUACAAAAUUUUGAAACUAUAUCAUCAUCAUCUAUAUCAUCAUCACUUUUACCACCAACAACAAAAUUAGUUGUUGCUGCUACAGCAGAGGCAUUAACAAUUCCUGUUACUAGGGAUGCUGUGGAAAAUUCACAAAGUAAAAUAAAACAAUGCAAUAAUGUUUGCAUUAGUUCAAAAUGUGGCUCAAAGCAAAAAUGUACACAGAAACAACAACAACAUAAGCAUAAGCAACACAGCAAAAGUGCGAAUAUAUACAGCAGCACAAACAAUUUCAACAACAUCCGCACUUUCAGCAAAACAAACAUAAAUACCCAUAUUACUGAUACUAGCGCAGAUGCAGCUUCUACUUAUUCCUCUGCAACUAAAACUGUUGAAGAGGAUACAAGAAAUACCAACAUUAUUACCACCUCUUCCACCACUAACAAGGCCAACAUAAUAUUUAACACUAUUUCUAAAACUACCACCACCAUCCAUCACUCACACACAGAUUAUAUUGCUGCUACUACUGAGAAUACUACUGAUGUUGUUACUACUACAAGACCAACAGAACUAUCAACUUCAGCAGCAGUUGCAGCAACAACAUAUUGCAAAGCAUUUCCCUUACGACAACGUUUCUACCAAAAUACCAAACAGCUGGAAUGUUUACUACGUACUGUUUUGUUUAGCUUUAUGUUCGUCAUGUCGAUGCAAUAUCAAACUGUAUCUGCCUCGACAAGUAUGAUGAGUAAACAUGAACCCAUGUUUAUAUCCCGCUCAGAAACAUUUAAAUUUGUAGCUGGUGAUACGAUUGUUUUGCCUUGUGAAGUUGCCAAUACCGAUCCCUAUGUCGUUGCCUGGAAACGUGGCAUUGCGAUAUUAACAGCUGGCUCUGUUAAAGUUACCCCUGAUCCACGUGUACGUUUAGUUAACGGUUUUAAUUUGCAAAUACGUGAUGCUGUGCCACAGGAUGCGGGUGAUUAUAUUUGCCAAAUAGCAACAAUGGAACCCCGUGAAAUUACACAUACUGUAGAAAUAUUAGUGCCACCAAGGAUUCAUCAUAUUAGUACCAGCGGUCAUUUGCAAGUUAAAAAAGGUUCAUCAGUACGUAUUGAGUGUUCAGCCUCUGGUAAUCCAACGCCAAAUGUUACAUGGAGUCGUAAAAAUAAUAUUUUGCCCAAUGGCGAGGAGAAACUUCAUUCUCAUAUUCUGUCAAUUGAAAAUGUGGAUCGUCAUAAGGGCGGCGUUUAUAUAUGUACCGCCAAUAAUGGUGUUGGCCAACCCGCCUCUAGUCAAGUGGUUUUACAUGUUUUAUAUCCUCCUGAAAUCACAGUGGAACGUCCUGUGGUAUUUUCCGGAGAGGGUCAUGAGGCCAUGCUUGUGUGCAUAGUUCAUGGCGAAACUCAACCAGAGGUUAUAUGGUUUAAGGAUACCAUGCAAUUGGAUACCACCGAACGUCAUAUUAUGGAAAAUCGUGGCUCACGUCAUACCUUGAUUAUACGAAAAGUGCAUCCACAAGAUUUUGGUAAUUAUUCGUGUGUUGCUGAAAAUCAACUUGGCAAGUCACGUAAAACUUUACAGUUGAGCGGUAAACCCAAUGUAGCUGUUUUCAAUUCACCACCAAUCAGUCAGUAUAAGGACAGAUACAAUAUUUCUUGGACUGUAGAAUCUCAUACACCCAUUGAAGAAUACAAAUUAUCCUUCCGAAGGUUGCAACAAGGACAAGAGGUCGAUAACUCUAUUGAUUCGCAUUCAUCGUCAUCGUCGUCAGUUUUGCAAAUGUACGGUGGCAGCAGUAGUAUGAUGGGUGUGAAUGCGCACAAUUAUCGUUUAGGUGGUAUUAACAGCAUGAAUAGCAUGGGCAACAGUGGCGGUUAUGGCAGCUAUGGUGCCGGUAAUGUUAUACAUUGGGGUCGGAAUGACUGGCGUGACGUUGUCUUACCCGCCAUACCUACAUCACAUCAUUAUACACAGGGUAUGAGCUAUAUGAUACGCGGUUUAGAUCCAGAUCAACAUUAUGAAGCUACAGUUCAAGCGAGGAAUCGUUAUGGUUGGAGUGAUUACUCACAAAGUUUUGUAUUUUCAACGUCAUCAAAUGAUGGACUAACUGAUCUAUCCAACUUUUUAAAUCACGGUCACUUGUCAGAUAACGAGAUGCGUGAUUUAAGUGUAACAUUUUAUGGCAGCAAAACAUCACCUCUUCAAACUCUAAAUUCUCUGCUAUUUUUAGCAGCAGCUGCCUGUUUAUGUGUAAUUAAUUUUAAUUAUUAAAGAAACAAACCCAAAGAUAUUAAAAAGAAAUUUUUA